GCGGUGGUGACAGCAGCUCUCCGCAUGCAAACCCUUCUCCUCCCGGAGCCCGUCACGUUGCCCCGCGAGCCAUGGCCGAGAACCACACAGACCUCGUGUCGGAGUUUCUCAAAUCAUUUGACGUCGGGUCCCUGGUUUUGGCCUUCUGCUUGUCCAUGCUGGUGGGCCUCCUGAUCGGAGCGCUCAUCUACAUCCUGCUGACGUGGAUGUCCCGCCGCAGAGCUUCAGCCAGCAUCACCCGGCGCCCUGCGCGCCAGUCCCGCUCCUCGCCCCACAGCUUCCUGCACGGCCGGCCCGCCUUUGGCCGCAACAGCAGCUAUGACCGUCGCAGCAACAACAGCCUGGCCAGCGCCGCCUUCAGCUUCCACCGGCAGGCAUCUCUGGAGCAAGCCGACCCACUGGGCCGCAAGCCCAGCUUCCGCGCUUCCACCUUCCACCCGCUGCUCCCGAGCAGCCCGGGCGAGGUCGAGGACGGCAGGUACACGGCGACGCCCCUCACGCACUCCCCCACCACCCAGCCAGACUCCCUCUGGUGCAGCAGCAACCUGCGGGUGCUCCAGGUCACACAGACACCCCCGCCCGCCUACGACAGCAUCAUCCGGGCUUUCCAGGAGACAUGCACCUGAGCUGCCUCUACACCUGAGCUCUUUUGUUCUCAUCCAGGAGACUUUGAACUGGACAUGUUAACGCAAGCGGGCCCUUGAGCUGCCAUGUGGGUCCUAGUUUAUCAGUUGCAUUUAUAUAUGGAGCCUAACCCCCACGGGGCUGGUAAGGAGUUGCGUCAGUUCUCCUCUGCUAGGAGAUGCACUGCACGCACUGACCCUGUGUUGCCCUUUCUCGUGUCCGUGGCGUUAGCGCGUGGUUGUGACGGGGCCAACGAGUAGGGAGGCUGUUGGCCGUCCUCAUAAAGUGUCAGGAUAAAAAACUGUUUGUAUAAGUGCUUAUUUAAA